AGGCGCGGGGCGGGCGGCCGGCAGAGUCCGGCGGCGGACCGCAGCGCUGCGAGGGCGCUGCACCCCGAACCCCAAGGGAGUGAGCGCCCCCUGCCCGCCUGCGAGCGACCCGGUGAAGCGGGGACGAGGGUAGGCCACCCAGACCCCUGGUGCCUCUCUGCCCCAGCCCAUCCGCCCGAAGGUGCCCACCUCCACUGAAAAGUGUCCCGGAGCAGACAGUAUGGAGGACGAGCCCGCCCAGCCUCCCAAUGGCAGCUGGCCCUUGAGUCGGAAUGGGAGUGAUGCCGAGGCUGCUCUGACCGCCAACCUCACCUUCUCCUCCUACUACCAACACUCCUCCCCAGUGGCAGCCAUGUUCAUUGCGGCCUAUGUGCUCAUCUUCCUCCUCUGCAUGGUGGGCAACACCCUCGUCUGCUUCAUCGUGCUCAAGAACCGGCACAUGCGCACCGUCACCAACAUGUUCAUCCUCAACCUGGCUGUCAGUGACCUGCUGGUGGGCAUUUUCUGCAUGCCCACCACCCUUGUGGACAACCUCAUCACUGGUUGGCCUUUUGACAACGCCACAUGCAAGAUGAGCGGCUUGGUGCAGGGCAUGUCUGUGUCCGCCUCUGUUUUCACGCUGGUGGCCAUCGCCGUGGAAAGGUUCCGCUGCAUCGUGCACCCUUUUCGCGAGAAGCUGACUCUCCGGAAGGCGCUGCUCACCAUCGCAGUGAUCUGGGCGCUGGCGCUGCUCAUCAUGUGCCCCUCGGCGGUCACGCUGACCGUCACGCGCGAGGAGCAUCACUUCAUGCUGGACGCUCGCAACCGCUCCUACCCGCUCUACUCGUGCUGGGAGGCCUGGCCGGAGAAGGGCAUGCGGAAGGUCUACACCGCUGUGCUCUUUGCGCACAUCUACCUGGCGCCACUGGCGCUCAUCGUGGUGAUGUACGCGCGCAUCGCGCGCAAGCUGUGCCAGGCCCCGGGUCCAGCGCGCGACGCGGAGGAGGCGGUGGCCGAGGGUGGCCGCGCGUCGCGCCGCAGGGCCCGCGUGGUGCACAUGCUGGUCAUGGUGGCGCUCUUCUUCACCUUGUCCUGGCUGCCGCUCUGGGUGCUGCUGCUGCUCAUCGACUACGGGCAGCUGAGCGCGCCGCAGCUGCACCUGCUGUCCGUCUACGCCUUCCCCCUGGCACACUGGCUGGCCUUCUUCCACAGCAGCGCCAACCCCAUCAUCUACGGCUACUUCAACGAGAACUUCCGCCGCGGCUUCCAGGCUGCCUUCCGUGCACAGCUCUGCCGGCCACCCUGGGGAGCCCACAGGCAAGCCUACUCCGAGCGGCCCGGCCGCCUCCUGCGCCGGCGGGUGGUGGUGGACGUGCAGCCCAGCGACUCGGGCCUGCCAUCCGAGUCUGGCCCCAGCAGCGGGGUCCCGGGGCCUGGCCGCCUGCCGUUGCGCAAUGGGCGUGUGGCCAACCAGGAUGGGCCCCAGGGAGGACCUGGCUGCAACCAUGUGCCCCUCACCAUCCCAGCCUGGAACAUCUGAGCUGGUCCAGAGAGAGCAGGUCCAGUGGGCCUUUGGCCGUGACCCUGACCGUGAUGCCUGGACACAACAGCAGUAUUAGCAGAGGGUGUCACGAUGUCAUUGAUAAAAAAUGAGACAGUGGGUAGCCGCGCUGAUGGCAAAUGAGAAGAGGAAACUUCCAACCUUCCAAACACCCUCUGCUCUGGAGCCAUAUUUGGAUGAGUCUGUCUCGUCAAAACCUCAGAACCCUUCUCCUCAGAGGCACUGAGGCUCAGGGAGAGGUGGCAAGGUUUGGAAAUCCCACUUGACCCAGACUCCAGUGUGUCUCUGUGGUAUCCACAUUUCCAGUGGUCUCCUCCCCAAGGCCUUCUGAGGAAAAUGUGUGGCCUUAUCUAGGUAGCUGGGUAGAAGAGGUGACCUCUGUGCUUACACAGAGACCUGGGAUGGAGUCCCCUGUGUUGUGUUGCUGAAACAGCUCCCCUUGGCCCUUUCUGGGAAAAAGUCCGUGCUCUCCUCCUGCCUGCGACUCCAGUGUGUUUUAUUCUAAGAAGUGUCCAAGUCCAUUCCCACUUCAGGAUGUCACAACUGAGCAGCGGGAAGAAGAGCCCUGGGGAGCCUGUUUAAAUUGCAGGACACUCUGGGUUGAGCCUAAGAGAGGCUCCCCUCCUCCACCCCACCACCCAGAGCCAGGGAGAGCUUCCAACAGGACCAACAGCCCACGGGCAGCAGGCAAGGGGAAGAGGAAGACAGCUCAGUGCCCAUUCUCCCCUCUGGGACUCUUGCUGGGCCUGAUGCUUUUCUCCUGGCCUUUCUUCCUUGCCUAACGGGAAGGAGAAGUUGGUCGAUCGGGGUGGGGGGAGCCCCUGAAUGACAACUACAAACCCUUCCAUAAUAUGUGACUCACGAACCCCAAAAGCAAAGGAGACCAGGAGAGCCCGCAUGCACCCCAGCUCUCAUCCAGUGUGCUUGCGAUCACCUUGACAGGGUGAUGCUUUUCCCCAGGAGCUAAGGAAAUGGGUUGCCUCUGCUGAUUUCUCCUACAACUUCAAUAAUCUGCACUUAACCAGACACUUUCCCCUCACCUCCAUUACCACAGUUGCUAGAAAUUUAAGGGAUAAAAAAAAAGGAAACAUUUCCAGGAUCCGGGGCUCUGAGAUCUUAACACACACUGACUGGCCAUUCACUGUUCCCAGGUCCAUCAUAAGCAAUUGGCACAGUGGCGGAAGAAACUACCUCACGGUUGUACAUGUUCAAGCUUGUCUCUGGACACUGGCAUCUGAGUCAUUGAAUGUUCUUGCCAUUUCACAGAGUGACUGAGGCCCAGUAGGGUCAGGGUCACAGGGCCACAGACAACAGCGUUUGGAUAGGCAGGCUUGUCUUUGGGCAGCCUGAAUCAUAUCCUGCCUUUCAGAGAAGGUGGACAUGGCAGGAUCUCCGGAGAGCUAGAAGCUCCCUGCCUGAUGAUGAAAGGGAACACCCAUGGAAUGAAUCCAGAUUGGAGCAGGGAGACGUCUCCAUUGUGUUUGCCCUGUGACUUCUGGCCAGAGCUGUUCUGAAUAAAAAUUUAUAACUGUAUGCUUAGGAGGCUGCCAAGCUCCCUCAUGACGCUGCCUGGUCCAGGAGUCUGGGAAUGGUGGGUGAAGGCAGAUAAGGUGUGGUGGCCUGAGCUGACUCUCUGCAUUCUUUUGUUGUUGUUUUGAAGACAGGGUAUCUCUGUAUAACAGCUCUGGCUGUUCUGGAACUCACUUUGUAGACCAGGCUGGCCUUGAACUCAGAGAUCCGCCUGCCUCUGCCUCCUGUGGGCUGAGAUUAAAGGCGUGAGCUGCCACCACCACCACCAGGCCGCUCUACACUCUGGCUGGUGUUGUAUUAGUGUCACAUGAACGACACAGUGGCCUGAGAAUUGCUGGCUGUUUACUGGGAAGACUUGUGACUCUAGGCUCUAAAAAUAGGCCAGACCAAGGGCCAUGUCAACUCUGUCCCUGGGGCCCCUGGGAGCUGUGUGAGUUGCAGUCGGCUCUCUGCCCUGGGAUGUUUCUCUGUCAGCAUGGCCUCCCAGAGACAAAAAUCACAGCCUCUCCUCAGCGAUCGUGUCCACCAAGGCCUCUGCUUUAUUUUCCCCAGACUCCCUGCUUUGAGGGUCCAUGGCUGCCCCCAACAGCAUGGUGUUCCAUUGUUCUUGUCAUUGCCUGGGUAAGAGCAGAGGCAGCACCUGCCUGCCCCACAGGACGUGGUCCAUGUGCUAACAGGCACAACUUGAUGUUACAGAAAAGCCGGCAGGGUGUGCAUGCACGGAGCUUGUUCGUUUGUGCACGUGUUAAAAUACACCCGGUGUAAAGCUUUCCCCAGCGCACAGUCCAGUGGCGUUGAGCAGUCAUGCUGCGGUGGAACUGUCCGCUCUUUGCAGCACUGUAUUAUCCUAAAUGGAAACUGUGUACCCAUUGACACCAACUCCCCAUCCCUGCUUUGCCCAGCUCCUAAGUAGCCACCAUUCCUUCUCUCUGAACUUGACAUUUCUGUGGUUCCCUACAAGUGAAACCACUCAGUGUUUUUCCUUUUGGGACCUUUACGUCACAUAACACCUUUCAAGGGUCAUCCCUGUUGUCACGUGGGUCAGAAUUUCCUUCCUUGUGCGGCCAGCUACUAUUCCAUUAUAUGUCUGUCUGGCAUCUUGCUUCUCCAUCAGUGUGUUCUUGUUGCUGCCCCAGCUAUUACAUGUAUGCAUGGGGAGGGUGUUAGGUAAUGAAACGAGGUCCUGAACAUAGUGUGAGCCCCAAGGACAGAGACCCCAACACUUCUCUCAACCUGUCAUUUCUCAGUGACAGAGCAGAGGACAGCUGAGAUCUCUCUCUCCCUGUGCUCAACCCAGCUGCAUUGAGCUUCCUUCCUCUGUGUUCCUUCUUGGCUAGAGUAGGGAAAAUUGUAUGUUCUGUUCACAGGAUGUUUGUAUGACCUUGUUUAUAGGUUGUAGCUUUGUCGGUCUCAUGAGAGCUCUGUGUCCUGACAGACACUUGACACACGAGUGAAUCUUGUGUGACUUUAGUACACUCAAGGAUGACCUCUCUGGAGCAGCCAUGUUCCAUCUGAGACCUGUUAGGUCUCCUGAGGUGACUGGCCCUUUCAUGGGUGGAAAGUUUGGAGAUGAACAGAGCCUGUGAUGGGGAAGAGAGCCAGAGGCCUGUGGACAUGGAGAACCCUACCCAGAGGGGCUCUUUGGAGGGACGCCGUGUCCUUCAGUACCUUGUGCCACAAGAGUCUCCAAGCAGAUCUCAAUGGAUGAAUGGGCUCUUGACUUCCCCAAGACCACGCGAGCACACCUGACCAAUGUGAGCAAAGGCGGUGUCCACCGGGGCCCACAAACCACAGACUGGCCAGCCUCGGGCCGCCAACUUUCUCUAGGGGCCUGGAGGAUUCAUGGGUUGACUUGGGUUGGAAUGGGAGGUGGAACCGGCAAAGGAAGCCAGGAGCCCCCUAUCAUUAACCUACUGUGCAUUCAUCCCGAGUCCAGGUGCGAGCCAAGUCCGGGGCUGGAAGGAUAAAGCAUCGCUAUUCGGUUCUGGACCUCUUUGUAUCCUUUUCCUUAGCUCACCUCUCAGAAGUGCCACUGAGAAAAGAUAGAUGAGAAAGAGGUGACCAGCAGCUUCAUCACAAGCAAACAAUGUUGAAGCAAAACAGAUUCCUUGUUGAGUAACCCAAUUAUUGUUGGCUGCUUCUUUCUUUACAAACACGCCCCUGCAUAAGCGUGGUGGAAAUUUCACAAAACAUAGAUAAGCAAAGGAAAGGGGCAAAGUGCUUCAACUGUAUGGGAGACUCACAUUUGGUUUGUGAGCAUAGAUAUGCACAUAUUUAAAUUUUUGCAGCACCCUUAUGGAGGGAUAACAUAUGCUAAAAUUCACCCUUCUGCUGUGAACACUUGAUGGGUCUCAGCAAUUGUAUAUUUGUUUCACCAAAGAUGCUUCAUCCUUCCAAAAUGCUCCCUAAUGUCAAUGUAUGCCCUUCUCCUCCGAUCCCAGAAAACCAGCCAUCUGGUUUCAGAAUGUGGUGUAUACAGUGUAUGUGGACCUCGUUUUGAGUGUGUCUGCUUUCAUUUGGCAGGAUGACGUUGAGGUUUGCUCACAUCAUGGCAUUUCUUAGAUUGUUCCUUUUUGUUGUGGAGUAGUACUCCAUUGUGGUGUGUGUAGUGACACAGUCUAUCUGUUCAUCAGAUGACUGUCAUUUGGAUUGUUGACUAUCAUGAGGGGCGCUGUGGCGAUAAUUCCUAUACAAGCCCUUCCCUGCGCACGUUUUCAGUUCUCUUGGUGAAUAGGGAGUGAAGGUGCUGGGCUGUGCAGUAAGUAUACACUUCUGUCUGCUAGCAGUGGUACACUAUUAUUUUCUGUCCUCAUCAACAGUGUUCAUGAGUCGCCAUUGUUCUGUGUUUUUGCCAACACUUAAGAUUAUUGUUCUUUUUAAAGUUCUCCUGAUGACUGGUGAUGUUGGGUAUCUUUUUAUGUGCCUACUGACAAUCCUUAUAGCUUUUAUUUUAACCAACUACUUGUAUAAGUUCCUUGUUGUAACAAAAUACCUGACCAAUAAGAAGUAUUAUUAAGAUGGGUCGGGACAAGACCUGGAGAGAAGGAGAGCUCAGGGACUAAGAGGGCUUGCUGCUCUCUGGAGGACGUGAGUUUGGGUUUCAGCACUCACGUUAGGUGGUAGCUCUUUUUUAUCUAUCUAUCUAUCUAUCUAUCUAUCUAUCUAUCUAUCUAUCUAUCUAUCUAUUAUGUACACAGAAGAGGGCGCCAGAUCUCAUUACAGAUGGUUGUGAGCCACAUGUGGGUGCUGGGAAUUGAACUCAGGACCUCUGGAAGAGCAGUCAGUGUUCUUAACCUCCAAGCCAUCUCUCCAGCCCCAGGUGGUAGCUCUUGUAACUGCAGUCCCAGAGGACCCAACGCCCUCUUCAGACCUCGAUGGGAACCAUAGGUACAUACACACAUGUACAUACAUAAAGCAAAAUAAAUUAUUAUUUUUUUUUUAAAGAUUUAUUUAUUAUGUAUACAGUUCUGCCUGAACAUAUCCCUGCAGGCCAGAAGAGGGCGCCAGAUCUCAUUACAGAUGGUUGUGAGCCACCAUGUGGUUGCUGGGAAUUGAACUCAGGACCUUUGGAAGAACAAGCAGUGCUCUUAACCUCUGAGCCAUCUCUCCAGCCCAAAAUAAAUUAUUUUUAAAACUGGGGGGGGGAGGGGGGAGGGACCUGACCAAGGCAGCUAAAGGAAAGGAAAGGAUGUCCUGGCUCACAGUUUGCAGAUGUAGUUCAAGUAUGGUGGGGAGGUGUGGCAGAGGAGUGGUCCAGCUGUGGUGACAGACUGUGAGGCUGCUGGUCACAUUGCAUUUGCAGCCGGGAAACAGAGCAAAGGUGAGUGCUGGUGUGUGGCUCGCAUUCUCCUUUCCCCUUUUUAUUUAGUCUGAGACCCCAGUCUGUGGAUGGUGCCACCUCCAUGUGGGCUGGGUCCUUCCUCCUCAGUUCAAUCUCUCUGGAAACAUCCUCACAGGCACUCCUAGAGGUGUGUCUACCAGGUGAUUCCAGAUCUAGUCAGGUUGACAAAGAAGGUUAAUCUUCACAAUUAUUAUUAUCUUGGUUUCUAAGACACCCAUUUCACUAGGUAGCCGAGGCUGGCCUUGAACUCACUAAAUUGCACAGGCUGGGAUUCCAGGCCUAUCAUCAAGAAUAGCUUUAUUCAGCCUCAAAUUCUAGCACUCAGGAGGCAGAGGCAGGUGGAUCUCUGUGAGUUUGAGGCCAGCCUGGUCUAUAUAGUGAAUUCCAGGCCAGCCAAGGCUAUAUAUAUAGUGAGACCAUGUCUAAAAUAAAAUAAAUGAGUUUAUGCA